CUGAGCUGGUUCCGGUUGAUUUCAGUUGGCGGGCUAACCGAAGCUAGUGCAAACAAACUAACUAUAAAAUAUAUUAGUUUAUUAUAUAAAAAGAAGAAAAAUAACCGUUUAAAAUAAAAACACCGAGGAGGAAUGUUUCAGCAGGAUUGUUUUGAGGAUGAAAACAGGGAGGCGAUGUGAGAAGCGUUAAAGUUUUAACAGCUAGCUUGAUAUUGAUUUGUAGAUAUGCUCCAUUUUUAACCCCAAUAAAUGAACUAAAUCCAAGAUGGAAGUGAAUAUUGUGGUGGCUGCUUCUGGAAGAAAAAAAACCCAUCUGAUUACAGGCUCAGCACAGCAGGGAGUGGGGAGUGAUGAUAUUAACUUCCCCCCUAGAGGAAGGUAGACUAAGAGCCCAUAAGUGGAUGCUGGAGUGGAGGUGGAGCUUUUGAAAUGCUAUAUGAACAGCAGUAGCAGCAGCAGUGUGGCAGCAGGCAUGCAUCAAAAUGCUUGGCUAUCAUCGCUAUCCUCUCAUGCGUCUGUUCUCCUUGGCACAUGUUUGAUGCAAGAAGGUUCGGGACAAGCCAGCAUGGAUACUCUGAGGUCACUAUUCCUCUUUUCUUGCUCUUGUUCUCUUGUUUCUUUUCCUUCAGGUCCCACUGUCACAAAACCAGCGCAAAUCCACAGUGGCGGCUGUACAGAAGUGACACUUCUCCAAAGUCAGAGACACCGAAAUAGCCUGAGAUGGACUGCUGGGACACAGAAAGGCAAAGGGCUGGUCCCCUGGGAAGCGCUAAUGACACAUCUAGCAAGGACAGCUCAUCCAAGGCUUGGGGUGUUCCAUAACCUUCAGGAGCUGAGGCACAGUGCAUCUCUGGUCACAAAGGUGUUUAUACAGAGAGACUAUAGCGAAGGAACAGUCUGCCGCUUCCAGACCAAGUUUCCCUCAGAGCUUGACAGCAGGAUUGAGCGGACCUUGCUUGAGGAGACAGUGAAGACUCUGAACACUUACUAUGUGGAGGCCGAAAAAAUCGGAGGUCAGUCUUACCUGGAAGGAUGUCUGGCUUGUGCGACGGCUUACAUCAUCUUCCUCUGCAUGGAGACACGCUAUGAGAAGGUGCUGAGGAAAAUAUCUGGCUACAUCCAGGAGCAGAAUGAGAAGAUCUAUGCUCCUAGAGGUCUGCUGCUCACAGACCCCAUAGAGAGAGGAAUGAGAGUUCUGGAGAUCAGUGUGUUUGAGGACCGGGGCUCAGGCAGCUCCAGUCCCAGCAGCAGCAUGUCGUCGGCAGGAAGCAGCGCUCGGUGACUGGAGGGGCAGCGCCAGGCUUACGGGUACCACCACAGGGGCAGCGGGACUCUUACCAACAUCCGCAUGCUGAAACAUGAGAGCACCAGGUUCUAAGACAAGUGGAGAGAGAAAGCGAGGAGUCACGCACAUCAGGAAAAUCGAGGGAAGGGAACUCCACACUGAAGCCGUGUCAUCUCACCUGAGGACAGGAUCUCCAGGUUGUCGGUACUGCAGACUACAUCAUUGUGAAUCCUCUUCAUAAAGUGUAGGCCCAUAUGAAGAUGGGAGGCAGGAAAGGAUCCCCUGGAGUCUAGACGCUGGUGGUAGUGGAAUGGAGCCAGCAGAUGAUUGAUGGAAGCUGAGUCUCCCAUGAUAUCAUGGAGGUCAUGGAGAUUCUUUGGCUGACGCAGUGAGCAUGACAACAUCGUCAACAUGGAUCCAACAGAGAUCCGUGUGGGAGUGACCUCCUCCUCGUCUCUUGGAUAAUGGAUUUCCAGCACAGAGUUGAUCUCUGAUGGCUCCAGGGGUCGGGCAACUGAGCGGCCGUCUGGCCAGUACACCUCGACGUUGGUGGCCACAUCCUUACCUGACUCACCAGUUCCUCGUCCCUCUGGCUCUGAUGCCUCCCCAAUGUUCAGCUCUUCUAUCUGGGGGUCUCCAUGCUCUCUCCUGCUCACCCUGCCAGAGCAGCAACACAGCAGCUACAAACAUCUCCAGGUCUCCGUCCCCGUCCACAUCAGUGACAGCCACGCCGUAGUUGAGCUGACUGGGGUUGUUGUCGUA